AUGUCCACUCUCACACUCGCACCCCUCCCCUCUCAGACGCUCCCCGGCGCACCCACCCGCAAGCUCGACCCGGACUUCGGCCGCGUAGCAUCGGGCAUCGACCUCUCCUCUCUCACAGACGAGACCUUUGCUCAGAUCCAGCAGGCACUCUACAAGCACUCUGUCCUCGUGUUCCCCUCCACCAAGCUCUCACCAGAGAAGCAGUACGAGCUCACUCAGCGAUUCGACCCCGGAGCCACCUCCUACGGACAUGGCAACAAGGGCCGACAGGAGAAGAGUAUCCUUCACCCUGAUCUCAAGACUAUCCCACGGCAGCCUCAGGUGCAGGUCAUUGGAAAUGGCAAAGUGGCAGAGCACGAGGGACUGGAGAACAUCAAGCUGAAGCACCCACACCACAAGACAUUCCACAAGACUGCCGUGUCCGACGAGGAGGACGAAAAGGUCACCAGGUUCUACCGCUGGCACAUUGACUCGGCACUGUACGAUCUCUCUACCCCCAGGGUCACCACCCUCUACGCCCUCUCCGUCCCUCAGGGAGCUCCUCAGACCCUCCGCUACGACGACGGUACCGGCGAUGAGCUGCCUGUCCCUCUGGGAACCACCGCUUUCGUCUCCGGUAUCUCCAUGUUCGAGGACCUGCCCGACCACCUCAAGUCCCUUGCCGUGAGGGCCAAGGUUAGGUACGCCCCUCACCCUUACAUCUGGAUGAGCUCGGCCGCCUCCAACUCCCUCGGACUGGGACUGGUGAGCGAAGGCAAGGAGCUCUCCCUCGAUGAGCUCCCAGCCUGGGAGGAGAGCAAGAUCAAGACUCUCCCAAUGUGCUGGAAGAACCCUUCAACUGGCAAGCUCCACCUGCAGAUUCACCCUUCGGCAGUCCACCAGAUCCUCAUCGACCCUCUCCCCGCCGGCGCCACACUCGACGCCAACACCCUCUACCCUCAGGGCGCACACCUGACCGACAUCAAGGAGGUCCGCGACCUCGUCUACUCCAUUCAGCGUCCCGCAAUUGCCCCCGAGAAGGUCUACGCACACGACUGGAAGGAGGGAGACAUGUGUCUCUUCCACAAUGCUGGCACACUCCACUCCGUCGUCGGCGCCUUCAAAGAGACGGACGUGAGGAUCUUCCACCAGUGCAACCUGGCUGCUAGUGAGGACCCCAAGGGCCCCACUGAAGAGGACGUCAAGAAGUACGCCUAA